AUGGAAACUUUGCUCAAGCCCCUCUCUUCUUCACCGAAUAAGAGCAGUCGUCUCUCGCUGCCGGCACAAACAACUGACGGAUCCGAUCUUUCAGUUUCUUAUAAAACAAAUUCAGAAGAUGGAGUAUUGCCGGCUCAUAGAUUACCAACUCCGUUCGCUCGCACCUUAACAGAGGUUCCAAGCUAUGAAAAAACAAAGAAAACAAACAAGGUUGCAGAUUAUCAACUAAAAAUUGUUGUAGUAGGCGAUGGAGCGGUGGGAAAAACGUGUUUACUGAUUUCUUACACGCAAGGGAAAUUUCCCACCGAUUACGUCCCCACCAUAUUUGAAAAUUACGUUACGAAAGUUCAAGGACCGAACAAUAAGAUCAUUGAAUUGGGUCUAUGGGAUACUGCUGGCCAGGAGGAAUAUAACAGAUUACGACCCCUCUCGUAUACGGACGUCGAUUUGCUAAUGAUUUGCUACUCCGCUGAUAGCAAGACAUCAUUAUACAAUGUUGAGGAGUUGUGGUUCCCUGAAGUUAAACACUUUUGUCCUGACACUCCAAUUAUGAUAGUCGGUUUAAAGAAUGAUCUGUAUGCUAUUGAUAACUUGGAAAAACUAGUUGAUCCUAAGGACGCAGAGCUGCUGGCCAAGAAACUUGGGGCUUUUGCUCAUUUUCAAUGCUCUGCCAAAACUAGAAAUAAUGUCGAUGAGUUAUUCGGUGUAGCUUUGACAACCCUAUUGCGUGAUACCCUCCAAAACGAGAAGGUUGUACCGUUCACUCAGAAAGUUUUUGGAUCUAAGAAACCCAGUUUACUCACAUUAACUUCUAAACAGAGUAAGCCGAAGCCCAAAAAAGCUAGACGUUUCUGUACUGUACUUUAA